GUUGCUUGAAACUCUUCACUGCACGACCACCAACGCCUCUUGUCCCCAUAAAACCUUUGGCAAUAUCUACGACUAUCAUAUACCUCGAAGUCGAGCUGCCCCCCUUGACGGAUCUCUCUGCCGCAAUUCUUCAGCUCGAUACAGCCUGGCUCGCGGGAGAGCCACGCAAGGCGGAUACAAGUAAAUCAGCCGUAAAUUUUAGGUUCACGGGAACCCCCGUCGCUGUGUCGUCGCUGCUGGUAGCUUGGUAACCUCCACAAUCAGCUGGUGGUCAAGAUCCAGAUUGAGUAACAGACCUCCCUAAAACACUUGAUAUUACCGGGCCGACGUCACAAUGUCGACUGAUCAUUCCAUUCCUCGUGUACCUUCCGGCGUUGAGAACUUCCCGCCAGAGCUGCUGUUCACGAUAUGCGCGCAUGUUUACUACGCCGGCCUGCCCCCUGUCCAGCCAUCGCUGGACCCCCUAAUUCUCGCUGAGCACGGCAUACCUACUUCCACUCCUUCCUCGCUUCCCCCCGCAAAUUGGCCCGAACCCGUCGCGCGUAAGACUCUACACAGCCUGAGUCUCGCUAACCGUGCCUGGCACGACGCCGCAAAGCCUUGGCUCUGGCGCAAAGUCGAGGUCCGGCUGCCUCGGAGCUGGCUAUCCCUGAUUGAUGCUGUGGUCGGCGGCGACGAUGAGGAAGCAGCGGAGCAACAGGCCGCCCUAGUCCUUGGGCAGACGAUUAAGGAAGCAGAGAACGCGGUACUGGCCGCUCGCAAUAUUUUUGGCGACGAUGCAGACCCCACCUGUGCGGAGAAGUUGCACGAGAGUAUCCUGGCUACUCUCGGUGGUCCCGGAGGACCUAUCCCGCCUGAGCUCCUGUCCCCUCCUGCCUCCAGAGACCCCAGUCCCAGGCGUCUGCGUGCGAAGAGCAAGAGCCCAGUGAGAUGGAAGCUGAUGAGGUCUAUUAGUGAUGCGGUACAAACGGUUUUGGGGCGGGAUGAAGUAGCGGUCUAUGUACCCAUCCCUGAAGACCCACGUCCAGGACGGCACAUCCGUCACCUAGACUUCAAUCACUUCCGUACCAUAGGGAUGCGUAGGUCAGUCGAAGAGGGCGUCAACAGCCGCUUCGUCACAGGGGACCGACUAGAAGCCAUUAUCAAGGAAAUGCCGAACCUCACGGUCUUUGGUGCAACGGAAUAUAUGGACGGUGCAUUGACACUUCCCGUGUUGAAGGAACUAUUCCUUAGAGGAUCGUCGUCGCGCGGCCGCCGCUUUCGGGGUCGUACGCCUGAAACUUCGGACGCCGACGAGGAGGAGAAGGAGAGACUCCGAGAAUGCAAAGAAAUAGUGGCUGCCGAUUUCACCGGCUGUGUUAGCGCCGUCUUCGUGCAUGCCCUGACAGACUUUGUCAACACGUACCUAACCCCACCCUCUGACCCCACCUCAGACGAUGAGGGUACGGACCGUUUCGGCGGUAGGAGAUCGCGCUUUGCUGCCGGCAACACACAUGUCCUGGAAGGCCUUGAGCGGCUGGGCUUCUAUGGUGCUAAAUCUCUGGCGCACUCCGUGCUACAUCAGUUCGUUCUCUCCUGCCCUUCUCUCACUCAUCUCGACCUGUCAUGCACUCGGAUCACGCCUGAGCUGUUCACCUCCUUAGCGGCCUCCUCUAUUCGCCUGCAGUCACUGUCUAUUGGUCGAUGCACGCGUCUGACAGGGGAGAGUAUCCGUGAUUUCUUAGUCGAAGCAGAGGCGGCUAGUGAUAUCCAGGAACUCAGCUUGUACGGCGACAGCACGUUCCCUUGUCCGUUGUCUGUGGACGAGUUGAGGGACGUAUUGACCCGCGCACGCUGCUUCACGAGCGGCAAGCUUCGAUACCUCGACCUGUCGAGUUCCCCCCUGACAAGGGAAGUGCUGCUCACCGCCUGCCCUCCCCAGCCGCAGCUGCGCUCCCUCGGGCUGUCGCACAUCGCCAACCUGCCGUUGGAUAUCAUCGCCGAGUUCCUGAAGACGAAAGCGCCACACGUGGAGGUCCUCACACUGGCGUCGACGUCGCCGGACCUCGGGUACGGGCAGACGCGCGUGCCCCUGCGCGCGGCGUCGCUCGCGCUGCACGCGAAGAUCAUCCGGCCGCUGUGCACCGCGCUCGUGUCGUUCAGCCUGUCAGCGGGCUCGAGCGCGCCCGCGCAGGCGCCGACGCGGCUGCGCGUCAUCGAGCUCUCGCCGGCGCUGCUGGGCGGGCUGGGCGCGGGUGCCGGAUCGUGGAGGGUCAUCAGGAGCAAGGGCGGGCGGGGGUGGUACGUGGAUGUCGCGAGCGGCUGGGUCACCACGCCUUCCGCCGGCGCUGCGCCUCGGCAGAAUGAGGGUGGCGAGCAGCUUUGUCGCGGGCUUGCGCCUGACCACCCGCUCCGCGUUGAGAUGGAGAGGCUCGCGUAUGCGAACGGGAAUGUGAACAGCGGGGUCGGCUGGCAUGCGCGUAAAAUGGAGAUCCUGCACGGUCAGGGAUUGCUAGGCAGGGAGGACGGGCUUUACGGGGCGGUGUCUUUCGCCUAUCAAGGAUAAUGCAUCGUUGCUAAGUGCGCCAAUGGUUCACAACAAGAAGAGAAAAACAAACGCCUGCUGGCUGCUUCAUGUAUAAAAGGGUGUAUGUACAUCAGGGGGAUCUGUAAUUGUUAAUGCUUUGAGCAAUGAACUACUCAAUAAUGAAUUCGUUGUGCGGUCUAGUCAAGGUCUAGUGCUUCGGUC